AUGAAGCUGGUGAUAGUUCUCAUGCUGGUUGCCCUUUCCCCUUAUUGGUAUGCAGGGUCUGGCUGCCAACUUCUUGAGGGCGUGAUUGACAAGACACUUGAUCCUGAAGUGUCAAAAGAUGAAUACAUAAAGUCUCUUCAAGAGUUCAAAGAAUAUGGCACUGCACAAGCCAUAGGGGAAGUCAAGCAGUAUUAGCUCAGCCAGUCAAAUGAAACUCUCGCCAACGUUAACCCUCCGCCGCCCCCCCCCCGCCAAUUUUCUAUCAAGAGAAACAAAUACCCGAUUUUCUGA